AUGUUAUCACAAGCUGGAAAUGUGACAGCGUUCGUGGGGCGUCACAGCCAGACGGGUUCAAACCCGAACGAGCAAAACCGCAGUGUCAGUCUCAUCAUCUCCCAUCCUGACUUCAACUCGAGCACCUCUGACAACGAUGUGGCGCUGUUGAGGCUUUCCUCGCCCGUGACCUUCAACGACUUCAUCGGGUCCGUCUGCCUGGCCGCCAGCGGAAGCACCUUCUUCGACGGAACCCAGAGCUGGUUCACCGGAUGGUGGGACGUCACCUCGGGAGUUUCUCCACCGCCUCCCGUGUCCCUGACGGAGGUGGAGGCUCCCGUUGUAGGAAACCGCCAGUGCGAUUGCGACCGCACGCAGAUCACGAUCACAGACAACAUGAUUUGUGCUGGCCUGAUGGCUGGAGGAGAGGACGCCUGUCAGGGUGAUAGUGGCGGUCCCUUGGUGAGCAAACAAGGGUCCACAUGGGUCCUGAGUGGGUUGCUGAGUUUCGGAUUUGACUGCACCAAUCCGGAGAUUCCAGGCGUCUACACACGGGUGUCGCGUUACCAGGCUUGGAUCAGCAGCCACACGGGCAAUAGCAACAGCUUGCCAGGCUUCGUCAGCUUCAUGUCCGUGGGCACUGAUCCAGACUUGCAGGUUAGCUGUAACGCUAACCUGCCCCUCCCCAGCGCCAGCCCGCACAGCUCGACGUGGACCAGUUUUCCCAAUUGCCCCUUAAUCACAUGUCCCACCCCGUGCCCCCCCUGCUCUUGCCCCACUUGGACCACCAGCACCAGCCCGGGACAAAAUG